GUCAUUUGGCGACGAAAGAUAGGGAGGACUUCAAUCAAAAACAAUGCAUCGGAUGAGUGUGCCCAGCAUGUGACCACAUGACUGACAGGUGUAACGUGCUCGUGCCGUUUUCAGACACAGGAAAUAAUUCGUUUCUUAAGGGGUGCGAGCAUAUCGUGCCCACAAAUGACUGAUGUCCCUGCAAAGACAUGCUGUAACGGGGACAUCACAGUGCUGGACACGGUCUCAACAUGAAAGGCUCCAGCUCCAGAUGUGCCUUCUCCCUGGGCUUCUUGGUGGGUGGCUUCAGCAUGUUCUUCUUCCUGCGCCAGGUGUGGUUUGAGAGGAGCUACCCCUUGCUAUCAGAGGCUCAGGAAAAAGCCACAGCAGUGUCAGAGAGACCAACCAUCUGGAGAAAGGAGGGAGCUGCUCUCAUCAGCCUGCUCCACCCUGAACAUGCAGACGAAGACAGCCGGGUGGCAGACGUGUUGUACAAGAAGGUUCGUGUUCUCUGUUGGGUGAUGACGGGGCCAUAUAACCUGCAGAGCAGGGCCCGCCAUGUCAGGGCCACCUGGAGUCGCCACUGCAACAUGGUGGUGUUCAUGAGUUCUGAGGAGGACCCAGACUUCCCCACAGUGGGUCUGGGCACCAAAGAGGGCCGUGACCAGCUCUACUGGAAGACCAUUCGAGCCUUCCAUUAUGUUUACCAGCACCAUGCGAGUGAAGCAGAUUGGUUUUUAAAGGCAGACGAUGACACCUAUGUGGUGGUGGACAACCUACGCUGGAUUCUAUCCAACCACACCCCCGAAGAGCCCAUCUACUUCGGCAAACGCUUCAAGCCUUACACCAAGCAAGGCUACAUGAGCGGUGGGGCAGGCUAUGUGCUGAGCAAAGAGGCCCUCAAGAGAUUUGUGGAAGGUUUUCGGACCAAAGUUUGCGCACACACGACACCUGUAGAGGACUUGGCGCUGGGGCAGUGUUUGGAGAAGAUGGGCGUUCUGGCGGGGGACUCCAGAGAUACUUUGCAUCGAGAAACUUUCCACCCGUUUGUGCCAGAGCACCAUCUAACUGGCAAGUUCUCCAAAAGCUUCUGGUACUGGAACUAUUGUUACUACCCAAUUGUUGAGGGUCCACAGUGCUGCUCAGACCUGGCGGUAUCUUUCCAUUAUGUGGAAGCAGAGCUGAUGUACAUGCUGGAGUACUAUACCUAUCACCUGAGAGCAUACGGCUACAGGCCACGCUACCAGCCCUCCCUACGCCGGGGUCUGAUCCUCGGCCCACUCUCACAGACAGCCGUGACCGUGGGACUGAAACGGGUUCAGGAGGUGACAGAUGCAAAGAGUCACACAACAUUAGCAGUCAUUGGUCAUGGAAACCAAACUAAAGCAGAAACUAAGCCAGAGAAAGUUGUAAAUCUAAACUUAACAGAGAACAGGACCGCAGUCACUCAAGGCAGGCACCACUGACUCUGUUCCAGUUGGUUGAUUGUGAACAAUGGUGCCAGAGUUGUGGCAUGGUACCCGACACACAUUUUCUUCUGACAGGUCUUCCUUGAUGCGAACACAGUAUGACACGUAUGCACUCACAUUGAGAGUGGUUAAAAUUUGACUAUAAGUCAGUGGCAGCUCUGUGGGGCUCUGCUAUUUUGAACUGAGAUAAAGGUUUAAUUAUGUUUGACAUCAUCAGCAUUUUUUAAUAUGAAUUUAUGACGUUACACAGUCACAGAUGUUUGCUCAGAAUGAGGCAGGAAGAGGCACAUAGAAUAUUAUUUUAAUGCAUUUUACAAGUACCUGGUCUGAGCCAAGAGAUUUUAUAAUUUCUAAUUCAUUAUUUUUAUUUACUUGAAAAUGGAGGUCAACAACAAAUGGCAGUGUGUCACAAAUCAAAAAUAUUUAGCCUCUUUUCUGGCUGUUUUUCUGGUGUUAAAUAUGAUGUUCUGGUUUUACCAUUCUGAAAUUGAAUUUUUAGACUAUAAACUGGGUUCUUUUGAGGGCUGUCUGAAACACCAUGCAACAAUAAAAAAAUUGAAAAAAGUGAA